UGUAGAGUACAAAAAGACCAAAGGGUAGCAUCUCAGCAGUGUGACUAGCUGUUUGGACAAUGGCAGGAAGUUGGCGUGUUCAGUCUCUGGCACUUUGUGUUUGGCUCUGUGUGUUCUGUCAUGCUGUUCCCAAGUGGAGUAAUCUGCCCCAAAGUCCUCAAGCUCUGAUGUUCCAGCAAACUGACCAGCGGUUUCAGAAGCCAGUUCAACAGCAAGCUAGUCAACAGUUUCCUCAGUCCGUUCAACAACAAGCAGGUCAACAGUUUCCUCAGUCCGUUCAACAACAAGCUAGUCAACAAGCUAGUCACCAGUUUCCUCAGUCCGUUCAACAAGCUAGUCAACAGUUUCCUCAGUUCGUUCAACAACAAGCAGGUCAACAGUUUCCUCAGUCCGUUCAACAACAAGCUAGUCAACAAGCUAGUCACCAGUUUCCUCAGUCCGUUCAACAAGCUAGUCAACAGUUUCCUCAGUUAGUUCAACAACAAGCUAGUCAACAGUUUCCUCAGUUCGUUCAACAACAAGCAGGUCAACAGUUUCCUCAGUCCGUUCAACAACAAGCUAGUCAACAGUUUCCUCAGUUCGUUCAACAACAAGCAGGUCAACAGUUUCCUCAGUCCGUUCAACAACAAGCUAGUCAACAAGCUAGUCACCAGUUUCCUCAGUUAGUUCAACAACAAGCAGGUCAACAGUUUCCUCAGUCCGUUCAACAACAAGCUAGUCAACAAGCUAGUCAACAGUUUCCUCAGUCCGUUCAACAACAAGCUAGUCAACAAGCUAGUCACCAGUUUCCUCAGUCCGUUCAACAAGCUAGUCAACAGUUUCCUCAGUUAGUUCAACAACAAGCUAGUCAACAGUUUCCUCAGUUCGUUCAACAACAAGCAGGUCAACAGUUUCCUCAGUCCGUUCAACAACAAGCUAGUCAACAGUUUCCUCAGUUCGUUCAACAACAAGCAGGUCAACAGUUUCCUCAGUCCGUUCAACAACAAGCAGGUCAACAGUUUCCUCAGUCCGUUCAACAACAAGCUAGUCAACAAGCUAGUCACCAGUUUCCUCAGUUAGUUCAACAACAAGCAGGUCAACAGUUUCCUCAGUCCGUUCAACAACAAGCUAGUCAACAAGCUAGUCAACAGUUUCCUCAGUCCGUUCAACAACAAGCUAGUCAACAAGCUAGUCACCAGUUUCCUCAGUCCGUUCAACAAGCUAGUCAACAGUUUCCUCAGUUAGUUCAACAACAAGCUAGUCAACAGUUUCCUCAGUUCGUUCAACAACAAGCAGGUCAACAGUUUCCUCAGUCCGUUCAACAACAAGCUAGUCAACAGUUUCCUCAGUUCGUUCAACAACAAGCAGGUCAACAGUUUCCUCAGUCCGUUCAACAACAAGCAGGUCAACAGUUUCCUCAGUCCGUUCAACAACAAGCUAGUCAACAAGCUAGUCAACAGUUUCCUCAGCAGUUUCAGCCAGUGGCAAAGGCAGAGCCCGUUGACAAAUGUGCUGUGGCUGAUUAUGAGCAGAUCCAAUGUGGACCACCUGGUAUCAGUGGUGCUGAGUGUGCAGCUAUUAACUGCUGCUUUAACGGACAGCAGUGUUACUAUGGGAAGGCCGUGACUGUCCAGUGUAUAAGAGAUGGUCAGUUUGUGGUUGUGGUGGCUAGAGAUGUCACUCUGCCUCGUUUGAGCCUGGAUUCAGUCCGUCUCCUGGGUGGAAAUGAUCCAGCUUGCAGUCCUGUGGGAUCCACACCUUUCUUUGCCAUAUACCAGUUCCCCGUCACUGCGUGCGGCACGAGCAUGAUGGAGGACGGUGGGUAUGUGGUGUAUGAAAACAGAAUGACCUCCUCGUAUGAAGUGGGUAUCGGACCACUUGGUUCCAUCACAAGGGACAGCCAUUUUGAGCUUCUCUUCCAGUGUAGGUACUCUGGUACUUCUGUGGAAGCUCUGGUUGUGGAGGUCAACACUGUUCCUCCACCUCCACCAGUAGCUGCUCCUGGACCCCUCAGGGUGGAGCUUAGACUCGCAAAUGGUCAGUGUUUCACCAAAGGCUGUGCUGAAGGGGACGAGGCGUACACGUCCUACUACAGUGAUUCUGAUUAUCCAGUUACAAAAGUCCUGCGGGAGCCUGUGUUUGUUGAGGUGCGCGUUUUGGAGAGGACCGACCCCAACAUUGUCUUGAUGCUGGGACAUUGCUGGGCGACGUCAACCCCCAGUCCACUCAGUCUACCCCAAUGGGACCUUCUGGUUGAUGGAUGCCCUUACCAGGAUGAUCGUUACCUGACCACAUUGGUUCCAGUGAGUGGCUCGUCUGGUUUUCAGUUCCCAACCCACUACAAGCGCUUUAUUGUGAAGAUGUUCACAUUUGUUGAUCCAUCAUCACUGGCUCCUCUGCAGGAAACCAUCUUCAUCCACUGUAGUACAGCAGUGUGCCAUCCCUCCUCUGGCUCCUGUGAGCAAAGCUGCACUAGGAAACGAAGAGACACUCCCAUCAAGACCAUCUCUAGUGGGCAAACUGUGGUGUCUAGUGGAGAAGUUAACCUGGUCAAGUGAAUUUUAGUGUUUUAAUAAACUUCAUGAAACUCAACAUGU